AUGAGGCUUCGAAAGACGCGCUUUGUUUGCGUCUCUGACACGCACGGAUACACGCCAUCAGAAGCAGGGUUCAAGCUACCAGCAGGCGAUGUCUUGAUUCACGCGGGAGAUCUGACGAACCGAGGCAGUCUAUCUGAGUUGCGCAAAACCAUCGAAUGGAUUUCCAAGGCCGACUAUGAGGUCAAGAUAGUUGUCUGCGUCCGCUUGACCCGGGCCGACGGCCCCAAGACCAUAUUUAAAGUCUUUGGCUCGCCUUAUUCUCAGUUCACGGGGGACUGGGCAUUCGGAUACGAGUCGGCCGACGCUGCUGCGCUCUGGGGGCAGAUUCCAUUGGACGCUGACAUUGUCAUAACACACACGCCGCCUCAUUCUCACUGUGACAGCCUGAGCACUGGCGAGCCCGUCGGGUGCAAGGCCCUGCGUCAGACAUUGAGCAAGGUGAGACCUCUGCUUGCCGUUUGUGGUCAUGUACAUGAGGCGCGGGGCUAUGAGAGGGUCAAAUGGUCCUCACCAUUGUCAACCAACGCCGGACCGGAACAAACCGAGCAUCAGGUUAUGCGAGGUGUCUUACCUCCUCGAGAAAGCAAGAAGCAAAACUUAGUUGACCUAAGCGGCAAAGAGGCCGAGCGUCUAGACAACGAUGGCUACUCUGUCCAGGCGAAUCCAGAUUUGCCGACGGCAUCAUUCACACCGUCGCAGAAUGCCCUACUUCUGCCCUCAAUCACAGCCUCAACAGCCACGAUGCCCGACAGUCCGCAGCAGAGGCAGAAUAUACCUUUUUCGCUCCGUUCUAGUUCGAUCGAGGACACUCGUAGUGGCGAAAUCCAUCUUCGAAGAAAAGAGACGUGCAUCGUCAACGCUGCUAUCGUGGCAAGCAAAUGGCCGCACCGAGGGGGCAAGAGAUUCAAUUCCCCUAUUGUAGUUGACCUGGAGCUGCCGACCUGGACAGAGCCUGAGUAG